AUGCUCUAUGUUCCUCAUUUACUAGUCAAAAAAGGUCUGACAGAAUCACAUGUUCAACCUACCACUAUUGCUAGAAGGACAUUUGCUCACAGAGAUGAUGUAGAAUGCGAGUCUGAUCGCGAAAUAGCUUGCCCUGCCAAACGGAGGAAACAUGAUUUUUUCCUGACAUUGCCAAAUACCGAUGAAGACCUCAGUUCGCUGAGUCGAUCCAGCAGCCUCUUGCAGUUCGAGAGUUUGGAGAAACAGUGCCAAGAAAUAUGCAACAGCUCCCCUAGCAUAUAUUCCCAGUACAGUUUCGAUUCACUCGACAACAACAAUUCGACCUUGAGCCCCAACAGCUUGAACAGUCCGAGUACUGAAGAUGAACCCGACUACUACAAAACUCUGAAAAUUGAUGUGCCGAGAAGGAAGCAAACAAGUCGUGAUAGUCUUUUGCAAAACGCUUUAAGAUACUCUGGAUCUGACUCCAGCGAUAGUGACAUGACUUUGGACACUUCAAGAUCAUUUGAUAACCUCAAAACUUGGAGGAGCUAUGAGAGCUUACCAAACAAGGGUGGGGGUGCUCGAGAGAAGAUUUCUGUUGAGAAUUUGAGCGAGGAUAGUGGGUAUGGUGACCAUUUGACGAAGUCUUCCAGCACGAACAAUUUGAAAGAGAAGCUCCUUUUAGAUUUAAGGAUGAUGAAGAGCUACCCCGAGAAGCGAAAUUCAUAUGUAGGCUUUACUGCCUAUGAUGGAGAGUAUUUGCAAGAUAAUUUCAGCGGGAAUUUUGGAGUGAGCUAUCAAGACCUUACCAGCUUCAAGGACAAUCAGCUAGACUCCUUGAAGACAUCUCCAUUGAUCGACCAUUUCAACAUGAAAAAACAGCGUUCCCAUUUCACCAAUGACAUCUCUGACGUCCUCACGAAAAUUUUAAAAUUAGACGCACACCAAGAAUGUGACCGAAAGUCUAAUUAUAAAACGUCGUUCUCGUCCAGCAGUGAACCGAGCUUAUUUCAGACGGACAGUAAAGAAAACGAAGUGAACACUGUGUGUGUGUCCAGUGUCCCUAAGGACUUGAAUUUCAUCAGUGAGUUGACUAAAAGUGCGAAUCGCGAAGCCAGUGACUCGGUGGCUGCUAAGGACUGGAAUCUCGCGGACCUUCGAUUCGACUUUCCCAAAGAAAAUAAUGAAAUUGUUGUAGAAAAAGAAGAUACUGAAAAUAUGAGUCACUACAAGCGAGAAGGCAGCUACUCGGAAGCUAUGUCGAACAGGGUUGACCUCAGUGACGACGAACACAGCUUGUACAACAGACGGAAGCCCAAGCUACCCAAGUCGCCCAUAGUAGAAUUCGACAAGAGAGUUCUGAAAGCCAUUUCCGAACAAAGCUUGCAGAGUAUAUUGAGCAGCUCGCAAAAUUUGCCCCAAAACGAUAGUUUCUUGGAAGAAGCUUACACUUCUACUCCUAUAUCGAAAAAACAACGCAAUGUAGCUAGCACCCCGAACCUGGCUCUCCCUGACCAAAUAGAGCUAGCCCAAAAAUACUUCGACGAAGAACGUAGGAAAUCCGUUCACGAUGUGAGAAGAAAAGGAAGUAUAAUCAAAUCUAGCACCAGCACCAGCGGUAUGUCCGAUGGCGAAGACAAAACCUUGAUGUCUGUGAAGAGCUUCAGCGGUUCUGCCAAUUCCAAAGGUGUCCACUUCUCACCGGUUGUAUCCGAAGUGAACUGGCGGGACGAUAGCGUGUCUACGGUGACGCCUGACCGGGAAUCUAGUUACAGCUUAGGAAGUUCGUCACCGGAAAGGAGACGUUCACCUCCCAAGGAAAUCGUCAAGCCCACGCCUAGGUUCGCGACACCUGUGAGGUUGUCGUAUUCCCAACCGGAUCUCUCCGAUAAUGAUUCUUGUAGAAGGGAGUUCGUCGAUUCGUUGAAGAGUCUGAGGGAGGAUAAUAUGAGCAAGAGUCAACCGGAUGUGAACAGGCUCAGAAGAAGGGGCAGCCAACUCAUCAAGAAGGACAAGGACGGCAGCGUGAUCAAGGCCUACGUAGACGGAGACGGCAUCCAGUACAAACACACACACUUGGACAUCGGCAUCGGCUUCGGUCCCCACCACGCAACCGCGGAAAAGGCGGCGGAAACGAGCGGGCAACGCCGGGCCUUUAAGCCAGUCGACGCGAUGGAGGCGCAAGACGCGUUUCGAAAAGCCGAGCAUGCGCAGGACGCGCGCAAAGACGUCGCCAGCAAACAGUCGAAGGCUUCAGGCAAAAUUGGCGGCUUCUUUUCGCGCCUGGCCAGUUUCAGGUUCAACCUGAAAAGGGGGGCGGAAGAGAAGGCGAAGCUGAAGAAAAAGACCGCGGGAAACAAUGCAGCUAUCUCCAAUCCACACCAGCAGCGCAUCGCCACCAAAGACGACUACAUCUACAUCCCCCUGAAAGGCCCCCCGGCCGCAGAAAACAACAACCACCGCUCCCAGCUCGCCGCCAUCACCGCCAAGCCGCCGCUUCCCAAGCAACCGCCGCCUCGCGUCGUCCACGCUAGCGUCAAAGCGCACGCUCCAGCCAGCGCCAAUGCGCAUGCGUCGGCCAACUUCAAAGCACAUGCGCCUGCCAACGUCAAUGCGCAUGCGUCGGGUCGCUCCCAGCGCCGCAGGACUAUCGAUUGCGCAGUGCCCAUGGAGGAGCCCAUGGGCCUGAUCGAGACCGAUCUCGACACGGAAGUGACGGUUAUCACGAGCGGGGCCAAUGCGAAGACGAGGAGCCUGCUGGACCUGGGGCCGCAGCCCCGAAGGUUGAAUCUGGCGCCCGGCGACGCGGGCCAGGAUCACCAGCCCAACAGGCCGCACAAGUCGAUGGAGUUCUUGUUGGACAAGCAGAACUUGAGGGUGGUCGAGGAGGACGAGGAGGAGGAUGAGGAGGAGAGUAAAUCUUCUGGCUGCCCCAACAUAGGAGGUUGUCAUCUUUUUCCACCGGAGAGAUCAUCAGCAGUUCGCAUCAGGACGUUUUUGUUUAUGUGCAGUCCGCAACAAUCGAAGCUCUUGCAAGGACAGUUUAUGUAG